CGAUGGAGGUGUUUGUUGAUGACGAGACUAAGCUUACCCUGCAUGGUCUUCAGCAAUACUACGUCAAACUGAAGGACAGCGAAAAGAACCGCAAACUGUUUGACCUGCUUGACGUUCUUGAGUUCAACCAGGUGGUGAUAUUUGUCAAGUCAGUUCCGCGAUGCGUGGCUCUCUCUCAGCUGCUGGUUGAACAGAAUUUUCCUGCCAUUGCGAUCCACAGGGGAAUGGCUCAGGAAGAAAGAUUGUCCCGGUAUCAACAGUUUAAAGAUUUUCAACGGCGGAUCCUGGUGGCUACUAAUCUGUUUGGUCGUGGGAUGGAUAUUGAGCGUGUUAAUAUCGUUUUCAACUAUGACAUGCCUGAAGAUUCAGACACGUACUUACACAGGGUUGCUCGUGCUGGUAGGUUUGGCACAAAAGGAUUGGCCGUCACCUUUGUAUCAGAUGAGACGGAUGCAAAGAUCCUGAAUGAUGUGCAGGACCGUUUUGAAGUCAAUGUCGCUGAGUUGCCUGAGGAAAUCGACAUCUCCACCUACAGUAAGAAAUUUAUCAGCACAAGAAAUAUGCAUUGAAAUUCUAUGUUGAUC